UUCUUUCUAGAGUGGUAAAGGUGACGUGAGAGUCAUACGCAUGUGGGGGAAGUUGUGGGGUGUUUUUUCUCACCGUUGCGGGGAACUGCAACAGGUGUUAAAUACUAGAGGGUUUAAUUAAAUAUCACUUUGACAGAAGCCAAGAAGUCAGGCUUUUGAUCUCUCAAACAUUAUGGAUAUUCUGGGUUCACUACUAAUCAUUUUGCUGGGUACCAUCACAGGGACCAGGGCAGAUGUCCAUCCAAUUGACAAAUAUGGGUUGAAGGGCGGUGCGGUGUGUUUGACAGUUAGAGAAAAUCCUCCUCAAGAGAUGGCGAUGAAAUGGAUGACUGAUAGCAAUGUAAUAGCUAUGAGGGAAGAAGUCUCUCCUCGAUACAAGGAGAGGGUCGAUUAUAACUCCACAGACCACUCUCUUUGUCUCAGGAAACUGGAACAAACAGAUACUGGAAUCUACAUUGCAUAUAAUGUUGAGAUAUGGAAAGAGACACAAAUGGUCAAAUACAAUUUGAUGGUCCAAGAAGCUGUUUCCAUACCAGUCAUGGAGGUGGUGUCGCUCUCCAACUAUAGUGAUGGAAUGUGUGACGUCACAGUGAACUGUUCAGUUACAGGUGUGUGGGUGUUGUCUGUCUGUGAUGGAGGUCAGUGCACACUGUCACAGCAGUCUCUUUCACACACCAGAGUCAACAUCAUCAUCUCCAAUGACAACGGGACUAUCCAGUGCACUGGCAAAAAUAACUUCAGUGCAGAGACCAACUCACAACGCAUGGAGGACAUAUGUAAUGGUGAGAAGAAGGGGAGAGCUUCAACAUUACCAGUUGGGACCAUUAUGGGCAGUGUUACUGCUCUUGUCUUCUUUGUUGGUGUGUUAUUUGGUGUAGGAUACAUCAUAUUAACCAGAAGACGGCAAUCCCCUAAAGAUCAGCAGUCAAUGCAGGUCGUUAUUACAGAAGUUGACAACACAGUGGCCGCUAUACCAGGAAGGCCAGAACUACCAAACACCCCUGGUUCUGAGGUGACAUCUAUCUACGUCACUGCAGGCAGACCAGGAGCAGUACCAGCAUCAGCAAUAGAAGAACACCACCCAGUGGACAAAGAGUACACUUUACCAGAAGAAAGUACAGAACCACCGGCAGAGGCACUCUACAGCACUGUGCAGCAACCAGCGGUAGAAGAGCGCCACCUAGUGGACAAAGUGGGCUGUCCAAAAAGACUGAGGCCAGGACCACAUAGCCCUUCUGAUGCAGAUCCUACAUCAAUCUACAUCACAGCCAGCUAUAGCCCAGCGCCACCCAGUGGACAAAUGGACAAAUAUGGGAAUAAUGUCAACAAACCAGACAAACUACCUUACUAAACUACCACUCCAUUCCCCUGAUGUUACAUUGACUAAGACUUGACCCAUAGACUUAGAUACUGAAAAAAAACACAGGGAAGUUACAAAGAGAAUUUAGAUAACUUAUUUUGUUAUAUUGUUUAUGUCUAAUUUUAAUCAUAUUUAAAUUGGCAAUCUGUGAUUGCUACAUCGACUUUGGAGACUUUUAAAUGAAUUAUAUAUAACUAUUGAUUAAUAUAAUUUUUAAUUAUAUUUAAAUUGGCAAUCUGUGAUUGCUACAUUGACUUUGGAGACAUUUAAAUUAAUUAUAUAUAACUAUUGAUUAAUAUAACUUAUGCUUGUUUAAACUCCAUUGUUUGUAAACAAUGUAAUUCUAAACAGACACUGUAUAGCUUCAAAACAUAGUUACAAAUAUAAUUUUGAUGUCGUGAAUGGUCAGUCCAUAGCAUCCAUAGCCUCAUCUAUGAAUUUAAGUGGUUACAUUUCUCCAGCCCCAUCGCUAAGCUGUUAACCUCAAAAAGGUGGCAGCAUGACAGUAUUCUUAGUAUUUGAACUGUAGAUGUCCUCUUUAAUGAUACAUCGUUUUGCAUAAUGUGUUAUUUUCUGUAUUUGAAAAUGAUAAAACAUGUUGAUGAAUACAACAGCACUUUACAUGCUUUAAAAUAAAUGUUAUAUAAAAAACAGUUGGUUUUAAAAUGCGGGGGCCCCUUCAAUCAACUAAUUGAUGUAUUGAUUGGGCUUUCAAUCAAUAAAACAAGCAAUCAACAGCCAAUCAA